AUGAAGCUCCCGCGGCAGCAACAAUCCGUGGGACCCCAUUUCCCCGCGGACUCCAGUGCCAGGGCGAGAAUAGGCCAGGGCUUCGAUAGCAGCGACGAUCCCUGGGCGACUGGUCCCGCUCCCCCAACUGACGGCGGAUAUCCCUCCCACACCCCAGCCCCCGUGGCAGCUCUCGAUAAUAGCGAAGACCUCCUCGUAUGGGCAGACGAGCCUGCUCGACCGCCAAAGGAGCCGAUUGUGAAAACGGCGGCUAUUCCCGACCAGGUGGCUUCAGAGCACGACGCUUGGGAGGACGGCCUCCGGCCCAAACCCACAAAUACCGGCAAGGAACCGGCGGUGCCAACGAUCCGGACAGAGGAACCAUCGGAAGAGUGGGACAUGAUCUUUAAUGAUACGGGCGUUGCAGGAAACCCAUCGCAAUCUCCGAGAGUAAACGAGAGCGGGGCGCCAUCGAGGGAGGCUGUAGCGGGAAAAGCGGUAGCACCUGCUCCUCGAUCGACGCAAAUGGAGUCAGGGGCCUUCCCACCUCCGCCUCCACCCCGAACGGCGGGCCGGGAAGCGACGGAGAUGUACCACAUCAAGUCGAUCAACUGGCAUGAUCACAAGGCGAGGCAGAACCCCAGAACAUGCUCGAUCCUGGUGCAAAACGCCAACGGGCCUUGCCCGCUCGUCGCGCUCGUGAACGCGCUGGUCCUGACGACUCCCGCCGACGCCAACGAUACGCCCAUCACGCAAGUGCUCAAAUCGCGGGAGCAAAUUAGCAUUUCGCUCUUGCUUGAAGCGGUUGUGGAGGAGCUCAUAUCGUCGCCUCGGCAAAAGGGAAUUCAGCUCCCGGACAUGACGGAUCUCUACAACUUCCUCAAAGGCCUUGACACGGGGAUGAACCGGGACCAGUGCAUCCCGGGUGUCUUUGAGGCGACUACGGAGAUGGACCUCUACGCGACGUUUGCGGUGCCGUUGGUACACGGCUGGCUUCCCAGCUCUAGCGAGAUGGUGUACGACUCGCUGAAGCGGCGGGCAACCUCAUACGAGGAGGCGCAGCAUCUCUUAUUCAUGGAAGAGGACCUCAACGACAAGCUAGAGAACCCAGACUCGGCGGGCCUCACGGAAGAGGAGCAAGUGCUGUACGAGGAUAUCUUGAUCAUCAAGACUUUCUUGAAUAGCUCGGCAACACAACUCACGCCAUGGGGCUUAGAGGUGUUGAGGAAAGCCAUGGCCCCGGGUAUGGUGGCGAUCCUGUUUCGUAACGACCACUUUUCUACGCUCUACAAACACCCACAGACGCUUGGUCUGCUCACGCUGAUCACGGAUGCCGGGUACGCGGGACAUCCGGAGGUGGUCUGGGAGUCCCUGGGCAACGUUAACGGCGACGUGGAAUUCUACUCGGGUGAUUUCAGGGUGGUGAGCGGCGUGGAAGACAGUGGCCGGAGCAACUCGCAUAGCGCACCGGGUGCGUUCCCCGAUAGCGAGGAAGGGUGGACGGCAGCGGGAGGCCGCAGCAAUGCCGGAAGCGCAAGAGAGGCCACGCGAUCUCCGAAUACGGCGCAGGAGGAUGAAGACUUUGCCAUGGCGCUACAACUCCAGGAAGAAGAGGACGAGCGGCACAGGCAGGAGCAGCAGGCGAGAAGGAGCCGGGAGCAAAGAUUCUCAGAGGGGGUCAUGGAGCAGCAGGGCCGGUACAGGCCGGAGCCGUUUGUGAGCCGGAUGAACGUGCCCAGAGGAGGAGGCCGGACGACGGGCCUACGGCGGCCGAGCGCGCAGUCGGCAACAUCGACAUCUUCGCAGGUGGUUCGUCCAUUGGUCCCCCGCCUCAAGGUGCGCCUGUGGGUCGGCCGCCGGUGCACCGGCCCACGGACGGGUCAGGCGAGGAGGCGCCUCCCUCUUACGAUGAGUCGGCGCACGACACGCCGUUCCGGCCGCCGAUGGGCCACCCGAGUCACCCUAGCAGCGUGCCGGGGUCAGCGUCCCGUCACAGCAGGAGCCCUAUCCUGGCCCCUCGGCGGCGGCGGCGAACCGACUGAGGCCCAUGGCGCCGCCGAGACGGCCUGUGCCACCGUCGGCACUGGCGGGAAGUAG